CAUUCUUCAUUGCACACCAACCCAAUACAAAUGAACACUAUAAAAUGGCCACAAUACCAUUAAGAAACUAUUUCAAUAGAAAUAAAAAUUAAUUGCUAGUUGCUAAAACUUGUUUACAUGGAGUCUCAUAAAUACGUAAUUGGAGUACUACUGAUGCUAACUUGGGCCGCAUCAGUAUCAUCAAUCACAGACUGCCCUACCGUGACGGCAUUGAUCUCUUCCUGCUCAACCUUUAUCACCUAUGGUUCACCUGACCCCUUUCCUGGUUCGCCGUGCUGUGAUGCCAUUACCACCCUCAACUUAAUCGCUGAUGCUCCAGAUAAUAGGCCAUCGGUUUGUAGAUGUUUGAUGGGCCUUAUCACCACUUACAAUCCUAAUGCUACAGCUAUAGCUACUUUGCCUGGCUUCUGUGGUAUCCAUUUGGGCUUCACCAUUGGUCCCAACACUGACUGCAACUACAUGACAUGACUGGAAAUUACAAGACAUGGAGUCAACUUCUCGGAU